ACUGUUUAAUUAUGCAGUAAACAUUUCAGCAAACAUUUGUAACUUGCACUUUUUGCAGAAACAUGUAAGCAGAGCCAGCCAAGAAGAGCAUGUGAGUGAGUGAGCCUGUCACUCAGGAGCUCGGGUACUGAAUCUGUCCUGGGAUAAAACAUAUUAGGGUGGCUAAUUUGGCUGGCUACAAGCUUCAGGAGCUAGAUAGAGUAAGGAAAAAGAAAACCAGUUUAUGGUUGUGUUGCGAUGGACACUAACCGACAUGACUAACAUAAUUGCUUGAAGGUUUAACUCCUUUUUGAUACGUGCUUUCCUCUCACCUUGGAAGAGUAGUUUAGAGUGAGGGGAACAAACCAUAUUUCUCUCUCCCAACUAAUCCGCUUGAUUGAACUUUGUGCAGAAAUACGUUUAUGCGAAAAACUAACAGCCAACAUAUUAUGUUGAUUGACAAAUGUCUCAGUAAUACAGAUUAUUCCCACCACCAAUGUUCGAAGAGUUGUACACAGAAUAUUAGGAUGUUACACCUCUACACUUCCAUGUGGCUUAGAGGUCAGAGCAGCGGUCUGUACACACACUGAGUUCAUCGACAGCCGGGGCUAUGCCAUUACUGCUCUUUUUUUCAGCACCGAGUGUAGUUUAUGUUCAUGGUGCGUUGGACGAACUGCAGAGCAUUGGCCACUUCUCACAACUGUGCUAUGUCUGUAAACCAUAUUUUAUUUUUAUAACAAUAACAUUAAGUGGUGUUUGGUUGUUUAGCUAUAACUGAAAAUCCUGAGUGUUACAUGAAUACAAAUGUACUUGUUACACGGUGAAACUGGAGGAAAUGGAUGCAUUUUUGCAUUGCACCGCAGGUUGCGUAAGCCUGGCAGAAUUCCAGAUAUCUUUAACUGCACCUUGGAACAAGCCAUCCUCUAAGCCAGUUCGGCACAUUCUCCCUUCCUGCUGGUUGGUUUUUGUCAUUGGGGCAAUCCAAAGGAGAAGUUUUGGAAAAGGUUACAGCGCGGGAAUGGCAGAGCUAACCCAUAUGAUUGACAGCGAGGUGUUCCUGGCCUUUUCUACCUACGCCACCAUCGUCAUCCUCAAGAUGAUUCUCAUGUCCCCUGUAACAUCCUACUUCAGACUCACCAGGAAGGCCUUUGCCAACCAAGAAGACACCAGCCUGGCCCUGUCUCAUGAAGACCACAAGAAACUGGUCCGGGUUGAUCCUGACGUGGAGCGAGUCCGAAGGUGCCACCAGAACGACCUGGAGAACAUUGUUCCGUUUGUCGUGAUCGGUCUGCUGUAUGCCCUUACGGGACCAGACCUCUCCUCCGCUCUGCUCCACUUCCGGGUGUUUGUUGGUUCCAGACUCUGCCACACGGUGGCCUACCUCCUCCCCCUGCCCCAGCCCAGCAGAGCUCUGGCCUGGACAACUGGGCUGGCCGCGACCGGCUCUAUGGCCUGUAGGGUUCUGAGGACAUCCCUUUAUCUGUAGGAAGGACAGAGAGUUAACACACACACACACACACACACAUGCAGGACAAAGAGUUAACACACACACAUGCAGGACAGAGA